AUGGAAGCCCUGGCUCCAGCCAUCCUGAUCACACUGCCCGGAGGAAAGUGGGAGCCCUUCCCUGAUGUCAGUGACGUGGAACUGGGCCUGGCCUUGAACCCCAGCCCUGCUGCUGAUGGCCAGAGGAUGUCUGAACAAGAUGCCGAGGGCCACACUGAGAAUCAGCUCACCUUUGCGCGGGCCCUGGACCGCUCCUCUGGGGGAGAGACAGAAACCGGUGGGGACUGGAGCGGGCGUCCCCGGAGAGUGCGAGCAGUGCUCUGGCUGUCCGGCGGCUCAGACCCGGCCCGAGCGCCAUCGAGGACGCGGACAGGGACCCGCACGGGCACGGGCGCUGCGCCGGAGGCUCCUCUCGCGGGCCGGGGCCGCGCGACUAUGGCGGACAAGGAAGCCGGUGGCAGCGACGCGGGGCCCCGUGAAACGGCUCCCACAUCUGCAUAUUCAUCUCCAGCGCGGAGUCUUGGGGACACAGGAAUAACGCCUCUGUCCCCUUCCCAUAUCGUGAACGAUGCCGACCCCGACGUCUCGGAACAGCAGUCAUUUCUCGUGGUGGUGGCCAUCGACUUUGGGACCACGUCCAGUGGCUACGCCUACAGCUUCACCAAGGAGCCAGAAUGCAUCCACGUGAUGAGGCGAUGGGAGGGAGGUGACCCUGGUGUGUCCAACCAGAAGACUCCGACCACCAUCUUGUUGACUCCCGAGAGGAAGUUCCACAGCUUCGGGUAUGCCGCCAGGGACUUCUACCACGACCUGGAUCCCAACGAGGCCAAGCAGUGGCUGUACCUGGAGAAGUUCAAGAUGAAGCUGCACACCACUGGGGACCUCACCAUGGAUACAGACCUGACGGCAGCAAACGGCAAGAAAGUCAAAGCCCUUGAAAUCUUUGCUUAUGCCCUGCAGUACUUUAAGGAGCAGGCGCUGAAGGAGCUGAGUGACCAGGCAGGUUCGGAGUUCGAGAACUCUGAUGUCAGAUGGGUGAUCACGGUGCCUGCCAUCUGGAAACAGCCCGCCAAGCAGUUCAUGAGACAAGCUGCCUACCAGGCUGGCCUGGCCUCCCCGGAGAACUCGGACCAGCUCAUCAUUGCCUUGGAGCCCGAGGCGGCCUCCAUCUACUGCCGGAAGCUGCGGCUGCACCAGAUGAUCGAGCUGAGUGGCAAGACGGCCGUCAAUGGGUACAGCGGCAGGGACACAGUAGGAGCUGGGUUUGCACAGGCUAAGGAACACAUACGGCGUAAUCGGCAGAGUCGGACCUUUUUGGUGGAGAAUGUCAUAGGAGAAAUCUGGUCCGAGCUGGAGGAAGGUGACAAGUACGUGGUUGUGGACAGUGGCGGUGGCACCGUAGACCUGACAGUCCAUCAGAUACGGUUACCGGAGGGACACCUUAAGGAACUGUAUAAAGCAACAGGCGGACCCUAUGGAUCCUUAGGAGUAGAUUAUGAAUUUGAAAAACUUCUGUGUAAAAUAUUUGGAGAGGAUUUCAUCGAACAAUUCAAAAUCAAACGGCCUGCUGCCUGGGUUGACUUAAUGAUUGCGUUUGAGUCCCGCAAAAGAGCAGCUGCCCCAGACCGAACUAACCCCCUGAACAUCACUCUGCCCUUCUCCUUCAUUGACUAUUACAAGAAGUUCCGUGGGCACAGCGUGGAGCAUGCCCUGAGGAAAAGCAAUGUGGAUUUUGUGAAAUGGUCCUCCCAGGGGAUGCUGAGGAUGAGUCCAGACGCCAUGAAUGCCCUUUUUAAGCCAACCAUCGACAGCAUCAUUGAGCAUCUCCGGGACCUGUUUCAGAAGCCUGAGGUGUCCACCGUCAAGUUCCUCUUCCUGGUGGGCGGCUUUGCCGAGGCACCCCUCCUGCAGCAGGCGGUGCAGGCUGCCUUUGGGGACAAGUGCCGGAUCAUCAUCCCCCAGGAUGUGGGCCUCACCAUCCUCAAGGGUGCUGUCCUCUUCGGCCUGGACCCCGCCGUCAUCAAGGUGCGCCGGUCCCCACUCACCUAUGGGGUGGGCGUGCUCAACCGCUACGUGGAGGGCAAGCACCCGCCCGAGAAGCUGCUGGUGAAAGACGGCACUCGCUGGUGCACCGAUGUCUUUGACAAGUUCAUCUCUGCCGACCAGUCGGUGGCCCUGGGGGAGCUGGUCAAGCGUAGCUAUACCCCGGCCAAGCCCUCGCAGCUGGUCAUUGUCAUCAACAUCUACAGCUCUGAGCACGACAACGUCAGCUUCAUCACCGACCCCGGGGUGAAGAAGUGCGGCACACUCCGCCUGGAUCUCACGGGGACCAGUGGUGUGGCAGUGCCCGCCCGGAGGGAGAUCCAGACCCUUAUGCAGUUCGGGGACACUGAGAUCAAGGCCACAGCCGUUGAUAUAGCCACUUCGAAGAGUGUCAAAGUCGGGAUCGACUUCUUAAAUUACUAACCACUCCUCCCUGCCACCUGCCCCCUCGACUCGACUUACCUGCAUCUGCUGACCUCAACCUUGACUGUUCUUUCCCUGACCUUGACCCUUGCCACUGCCCACCUGAAUUUCAGCAGGGAAGAUGAGAACAAUCAAGGCUAGAAAAAAUUAGGGAUUUUUGAGGGCAUGUUGGAGUCAUUAAAAACUGCCAGAAAUUAGGAGUAAAGUUUGGACAUAGGAAAUUAAAGGAUCCUAGAAGAGCAGCUAGUUUUCAUAGGUGCAAAGGUGGUGAAACAGCCACCGACAAGGGAAUCAGUACAUUUCUGCAGCAGUGGUUGAGCUUGCUCGGAAUAGAUCUCUUUUAAGUAGGAUUUACGAUGCCCUCUUGCUGUCUUUCUAGAUUUAAAAAUGAGAUCUUUGAGCCAGGAGGAGAUCUUCAUCUGAGACUUUUAAAUUUUUUUGGAUGGCAGUCAGUAUAAAAUGCCACCCAUCUGCAGUUAAUUUCUUUUCAUCAUUAUGUGAUUGAAAGUGGUGAUUCAGUGGGAACUUGGAAUGUUUUUAGCUGGUAGUAGAAGACUGCCUACACCGGGCACGGAUUAGGUUCUCGUAUCAUUUAAAUAACAGGGAGGUUCUGGGGAGAACAACUGUAGCCUUGGCUAAUCCACUCCGAUUUUCAUGGGUAGGAGAGCUGAUACCUCACCUUUUCAGCAAGUAAAGAGUUGCUCUGAUGGAAAUGGAUAUUAAAGAGUUACUGACAGAUCCCAAAUUAUGUGCUGUGAUAUAAUUCCCAGAAUGCCAAGUCCUGAUUUCUGAGUUCAUAAGUAAUUCUAGUUAAUCUUAGUAGAAAUUCUGAGUGAGAAAAUGAGGUUGCCAUAUGCCUUGUUCACAGAAGGCCAGGGCAGCCCCCACCUUGAAAAGCAGCUAGCUUUUAAAUUAACCCCCUCCUUCCUGCUCACCUUCGUCCCCCUAAGAGUUUUGGCCAUUUAUUCCCACAUUUUGAAAGGAAUACUUGGUGAAAUAUGAGCAGAGCAUCUGUUCUAUGAAAUGGGUCAUUAAUAUCCUCAGUUUUUAAAGCCUAUCUAAAAAUAACAUGUAGAUCUGUACUUGAUGAAUUAAGCCAUUUUUUUUUCCAAAGCAGCUCUGUGCUCACCUGCAUCAGAAUUGCCUGGGUGCUUGUUAAAAACUGGUUCCUGGAUCCUGUCCUUUUUCAACUGCAAUCACUCUUGGAGAGGGGACCAGGUUCAACUGAAAUCUGACAAAUGCUAACUUCAGGUUCUGCUGAAGCUGAAGCACAGACCACAGCCCCCUUCGAUCUUUCCCUUAGGUUCCCUUAGGAAGAGGAUUUACACGUGAAGGUGAUCCUGCACCUUGCCCCUCGGUCAGUGGGGUGGAGGCUCCACCUGGCGUGGGGAUCACCCUUUUAGCCCUCAUAGGAAGGGCCUAGGGAGGAAAAAGAUUGCGAGAAAGGAACCCUAAGAACAGGGCUGACCGAGGAACCAACCAGAGGGUCUGUUCUGCCUUCUCUCCUUCCCCACUCUACAAAGCCAGUUUUCUCCAACAUUCCAGAGCCAGUUGAGGAAAAAGAAUCAAGAAUCUGACUCACAGCCCAUCUGACCUGUUCAAAGCUGUCUUUUCCACCUGCUGGAAUUCGUUCCAAUUUUAAAUCACUGGAGGCAUGCAUAAUGAAUGAACAGAGACUGAGCGAAUGGACUUCGAAUGCGAGUUGGAUUCACAAACCCCUUAUCAUGGCAGAUACGCAGAUUUUAAAUAGCUUUUUCAAUUUCAUUUUAACAUCUUUUUACAUCGCCUGCUGCAGAAUUCCUUACUAGAAUGUAAAACACGAGCAAACCACAGAACUAGAGAACGCUAGUCACAUGACUUGGUUGCAGGAUUUUGUUAUCCAGGCACAAAGGUGUGUUUGCUAGUGUUCUCUUGCUACCAGUGCUGCUUCAAAAGCUAAAUGUUAUGGGUCUGUCUUUGGUGUUGCCAGCCAUAUUCUACAAAUAAGACUUUUCAAUGUUGUCAUGAGUAAUAUAAUUUUAUGUAUAUAUAAUAUUAGAA